AAAUUUAGAACAGACACCACCAGUGCUGAAAGCAGAAACGAGCGCGAAAUUGCUCAUUUUGUGAAUCCCAUUACAUCUGGUGUCUGAUUGCUUGUUUUAAUAAUAAUAUAGUGUAACAGAAAAUGUCCAAGCGAAAGCAACCCCUGUGGUUAUGUGAUUCUCCGAUUCCGGCCGCCAAAAGAACCGUGUCCAACAACGAGAACAAACCAACCGAGCGCGACGAUGUGAAACCGAAAAAGUUGAGUGAAAGCCUCCCGGGGGAAGAAAACACUCCCAGGCGACAGCUCCGUAGUAAUUACAAAAUACCCGACGAAAUGCCCAAGCGGGAACCGCUGAUUCGGCUGAACAUUGAUGAUGUUCCCUUCAUCGAGUACAAAGGAGCAAUCAAAUACUUCACCGAAAUGCACGAUAUGGCAUACCAUUGCGACCAGUUGAUUCAGUGGGUGGAACAGCAACCGGAGAAGGGCCAACCGAAGGUGCCAAUCGGGUUCGAUCUGGAAUGGCCUUUCAGUUUCAAGACGGGAGCGGGAAAGACGGCGCUGAUGCAGCUGUGUGCCACAACGGAUGUUUGCUAUUUGUUUCAAAUCUCCUGCCUGAAAAAGCUGCCCGCGGCGAUGCUGCGUCUGCUCAAUCACCCCCGGGUGCAACUGCAUGGGGUGAAUGUGAAAAAUGAUUUCCGGAAGUUGGCGCGAGAUUUCCCCGAGGCAAAGGUCGAGAACAUGAUUGAAAGCUGCAUGGAAUUGGGACAGUGGUACAAUCGGAUACACGGUUCCAGCGGGAUCUGGAGCUUAGAGCGGUUGGUUUUGCAGGUUUGUCAGUUGAGAAUCGACAAGAACAAGAAAGUGCGGAUGAGCAAGUGGAAUUUUUUGCCGCUGAGCGACGAUCAGAAAAUGUAUGCCGCGGUGGAUGUUUACAUCGGGCAACAAAUUUACCACAAGCUGAGAGAAAAGGAAGCAAAACUUGAGCAGGAACGUUUGGAUCUGGCUCUGGAGCUGCCAACAACGUAAAUAGAAGUAAGCGCGUGGCUCGUCACAACCAACGUAGUUCAAAAAUG